UUUAAAUGUAAAAAAAAUUGUUUCACAGUUAUAUUUAAUUGUCACAGUGUAAUUAUUUUUAUAUAACAUAAAGAAUAAUGUCAAAGAGAAAAGGUUUAACUUUGGAUGAAAAACGAGCGAGAAUGCUUCAAAUAUUUUACGAGAGAAAAGAAUUCUUUACUUUAAAGGAAAUAGAGAAAAUUGCACCUAAGGAAAAAGGCAUCGUUGCUCAAACUGUUAAAGAUGUUCUUCAAACAUUGGUAGACGAUGGUUUAGUUAGAACUGACAAAAUUGGAACUUCUGUAUAUUUUUGGACAUUUCCUGGAGAGAACAUAACUGCUGUAGAAAGUAGGAUAGCAUAUGCGACUAAAAGAAUAGUCGAAGCAGAGUUCAAGCUACAAAAAUUGAAAGAAGAAUGUAUAAAAGAACAGGCUGGUAGAGAAGAUACAGAAGAGAGGCGAAAUUUAUUACAACAAAUACAAUUAUUAAAAGAGAAAGAAAAUGAAUUGAAAAGUCAAAUCGCUAAACUUAGCGAAGUCGAUCCAGAAGUGAUAGAACAGAUGGCUAAGAGAGCACAGAUGUUCAAAGAGGGAACAAAUGUAUGGACAGAUAAUAUCUUUUCCAUUCAAAGUUGGUGCAAACAAAAAUUUGGUAUAGCAGAAGCGGACCUCAAUAAACAAUUUGGUAUCCCUGAGGAUUUGGAUUAUAAGGAGUGAAGUAAAUUUACAUAUUGAAGCAAAUAUAAUUGUAUUUGUAUAUUUUUCUAAUUAAAAUUAGUGUUAUCUUUUUA